AUGGGGUUUUAUGCGGACAUCAAACAGCAGUACAGCAGCAGGGUAUGCCAACAGGUUAAACUUUGGGCCAAUCACAACUUGAAACUGGCCUCACUUAGAAAUAGGAGAAUUUUUCUUUUGGAAUGUAGGCGACAGGGGUUGACACCCAGGCACAUCAAGGACAGGAUAAAUUCACUCUAUGGAUCAAUCUCAGGUUCGGAUUCUGUAAGGCAAGCCGACAGGAUGCAGGUUAGAAUUGUGAAUCAAAUAAUCAAUUUCGAAAUAAGAACAACUAUAAAGAACACACUAGCUUUAGAGAGGGAUUUGAUCCGAAGGUGGGAGAUUCUGGCUUUCACCCUACCUCUUGACAUACUAGAAAAAUUUAAACAUUUUCAAAACAUAAGUUACAAUAGUAAAUUUGAAUCAAUUAAAAGUAACAACCUUGAGAAAAUACAAUCACUAAAUCAAAAUUGUCUUGACAGAGCCAGAGCCCAGCCUCAAUGGUUCAAAAAUAUUAGCGACAUCAGUAUUCCCAAUCGAGUAGAACGUUUUCUUGCCUUAGGCCCUAAAUUCUGCAUAGAGAUUCCAAAAAAAGAAGUAUCUAUUCAGAAACUGCUAGCGAACAUCGAACAACUAAUCACACUCAAAAAAACCAAUAGUCACGAAGCUGAUAAUACCCUCAGAUCAUUGUCCACGAAUAUAGUUACCAACUACUUACUCAAUAACAUGAGCAUUAAUAAUGCAUUUCAGGCGGAAUAUUACUAUUGCAAGAAUUUCCUCAAAAACCAAUCGAACCUGUUAAUCUUACAAUCGGAUAAAGGGAAUGUAACAGUGGCGAUGAACAGGGAACAUUACCAUUCCUUAGUGCUGGAGAUAUUGUCAGAUGAAAGAUAUUACAGAAAACUCAGCAGGGACCCAACAUCAUCCUUCCAAACUAAGGCUAACGACAUGAUAAAGCACUUCAUCCGAAAGGAAUACAUAAGCGAGCAGCAGGGUAAAACAAUGUUUAAUUAUAAUGCAGUCCCAGCCAGAUUUUAUGGCCUUCCAAAGGUACAUAAACCAGUAUUGUCCCUGCGGCCAAUCAUUUCUAGUAUCAACACCCCCAUUACCAAAUUAUCCGCUCUGACGUCACAGAUCCUUUCCGACAGCAUGGAUGACAACAACAGGUACUAUGUCAAAGACUCUUUCGCUUUUGUAGAAUUCAUCAAUGACUUUCAACUACCCCCAGACUACAUCAUUAUUAGCUCGGAUGUAGUAUCACUUUACAGUAAUAUAUCAAUAGACCUUGCCUUGAAGGCGGUAGAACAUAACUGGGACAACAUAUCACAAGUAACAUCUAUAUCUAAAGAAGACUUCUUUAUCAUGUUAAGAUUUUUAUUUUCCUCCAAUUGCUUCAUUUACAACAACGAGUUUUACGUACAACAACGAGUUUUACGUACAAACCUUUGGCUCUCCCAUGGGAGCAGAGCAUAG